ACAUGGUUAUCAGUAACUCCUCGGGACCCGGCCAGAACAGCACGUGUGAUCCAGUGGAAAGAACAUACCACCCUUUGCUAAUACUGGGCUACAGUCUGCUGCUUCUGGUGGGUUUGAUCCUCAACAGCUUCACCUUGUGCUUUCACUGCCGUGGAGCUCAUGGACAAGUUUCCAAGAGCUGGAUGAUCUACCUGAAACAUCUGACAGCUGCAGACUUUUUGCUCUGUCUGAGCCUCCCGCUGCGUAUCAUCCACUACACCAGCACAUCGCUCACCAUUCAUGUGGUCUACUGCAGCCUUGGAGCUCCUCUAAUGUUCCACAACAUGUGUGCCAGCAUCCUGUUUAUGGGCUACAUAGCAGCUAACAGGUACAUGAAGAUCUUUUAUUCUUCAGGAACUCACUUCCUGAUGACUGCCAAAGCCAGCCACAUCAUCUCGGUCACCACCUGGGUUGUUCUCCUGACCAUAACGACAUCAUACACCAUCCUGAUGCUGAUCACCCAUAAAACUGCUCUUCCUGAUCACCGCACCUGUUAUCUUCUGCUAAAUGAUCACGUACAAAAACUGUAUGGGGUGAUGCAUGCUUCUGCUGCCAUCUCCUUCCUGUUGGUGCUCUGCUCUCUGGUCUUCUUCUACUACAGCACCUCACGCAGGGUGCAGCAGAUCCAGCAGAGGCGGCUGGCCUCCUCCAACUCCAAGAAGCUGUUGAAGUCUCGCAGGAACAUGUUGGUGUUGGUCAGCGUCUUCUGCUUUUGCUUUGUUCCUUAUCACGUUAUUCGACUUCCAUACUACUUAUUGAAAGGACGAUGUUCAGUGGUUUGGUACUAUGUGAAGGAGGUGGCUGUGUUUAUAUCAGUGUUUAAUAUCUGUCUGGAUCCUCUUAUUUACGUUUUUCUUUGUAAGGACUUCAGGGCUCAGCUUAACCUGAAACAAAUAUUCAGCACCAAAGGCAACAGAAACACCUCUACUUCAGAUGCAAGGUACCGUAGGCGGGAUCAGCUGAACAGCAUGAGCUCCCAGGUCCUAGAGGCCUCCACAACAGCCACGGGAACCAUCGGUCCAGUUUGA